GAGAGGGAGGCGCGCCGCCGAGGCCUCACCGCUAUGGGCCGCAACAAGAAGAAGAGGCGAGAUGGCGACGGCCGGCGGCCGCGGCUCAUUUUGAGCUUCGACGAGGAGAAGCGGCGGGAGUACCUGACAGGCUUCCACAAGCGGAAGGUGGAGCGGAAGAAGGCAGCCAUUGAGGAGAUCAAGAAGCGGCUCAAGGAGGAGCAGAAGAAGCUCCGGGAGGAGCGCCACCAGGAAUACUUGAAGAUGCUGGCAGAGAGAGAGGAGGCGCUGGAGGAGGCAGACGAACUGGAUCGGCUGGUGACAGCAAAGACAGAGCCGGUGCAGUACGACCACCUCAACCACACGGUCACCGUGACCACCAUCAGCAACCUGGACUUCUCAGCGGCCCGGCUGCUCGGACUGCCCCCACCUGAGCAAGGGGCCGGGCAUAGGUCUGAGGAGGGGGCGUCAUCCGCGGAGAAGCCGACCAGAGCCUUACGCAGGAAGUCCAGAGACCCUCUGCUGUCCCAGCGGAUCUCCUCUCUCACGGCCUCGCUGCACGCGCACAGGCGCAAGAAGGUCAAGAGGAAACAUCCCAGCCGGGCCCAGGACUCCACCAAGAAGCCCCCAAGCGCCACUCGUACCAGUAAGACCCAGCGCCGCCGGCUAACAGGCCAAACCCGGCACAGGGGGAGUGAGCCCUGAGACCCAGGCUGUGCCCCAGCCUCGGCUGCAAGGACCUGUCCUGUCCCAGCUUGGCUGUCCUGUAAGCCAGCCUGCACCCAGG